AUGAUUACUUCGGAAGCGAGGGAGAAACGGGAGCGAGGCGAAGAUGCUGCUGCUGCUGCGCGGCGCCAGGGCGGCGUCGGCGGAUAUCCAGCCGCGGUGGCCGCAGGCGCCAGUGCAGGCAGGUGCAUAUCCAGCCGGCUCACCGCCGUCUCCGCCUUGUCCUCGGGCGGAAGGAGGAGGAAGGGCCAGCGGAGGGGGGAGGCCAAGCCCCCGUCCCCGCCGCCACCGCCGCCGGAGCCCUUGCCUCGGCACGGCGAGACCUCGAGCAGCAAGAAUAAGUCCGGCGCGAGGCCAUCGGUUGAGGCCAAGAAGAACCGCCCGGUGGAACUGGAAGAAGCGCGCGGCCCGCGGAGUCCGGAGCGCGGCGGGGCGAGGAAGGGGGGCACGCCGCCGCCGCCGCAGCAGCAGCAGCAGGAGAAGGCAAAGGCGAAGCGGGCGGUGCGGUGGAAGUGCGCGAGCGGGUGCGGGGCGUGCUGCAAGCUGGACAAGGGCCCCGACUUCCCCACCCCCGACGAGAUCUUCGCCGACCACCCCGAUUACCUCCAGCUGUACAGGAGCAUGACCGGCGACGAUGGAUGGUGCAUCAACUACGACAAGGCCACCCGCACCUGCAACAUUUACCAAGACCGAUCUUUGUUCUGCAGGGUGGAACCGAAGGCUUUCGAUGAGUUCUUUGGCGUGCCACGCAGCAGAUUCGACCGGGAAGCUUGCAGUGCUUGCCUGGAUAACAUCAAGAUGGUGUAUGGUGAUGACUCCGCCGAGCUCAGUAAUUUCAAGCGUGUGAUAAGGGAUGAAAGUAAAAAGCUGGAACUGGAAGCAAGCAAGAACCAAGACAAAUUAUUGGAUACAUAAAUCCUGGGGGCAUGCAUCUGCACUAAAAUCACCGGGGUAAAACUGUGAAGCAAACAAUGUACUUAUAAGGUUCAAAAGCGGACCAAGCUAAGCGAGGUACUCGGUGUAGGUAACCCAAACCGGUGCUAUGACAACUCUGACAUGCCAAGUGCACACUUCAGUUCUGAACGAAUCCUUGAUACUGCAGUCAAGCCUGGUUCCAAGACCCCAAAAGUUUUUGGUAUUCUUUAUUAUCAGCAAUUGUUUGCGGCAGCACAGCAUUGUAAUAGGUUAUGAUUGGUCCCAGUCCCUUAGUUUUUCUUUAAUCAGGGCUGUUAGUUGUUUGCGGUCCUAAUUUUAUUCAAACUUUGGGCUGCAUGAGGAGCUUCACGCGAUACUAGUUUGUUAUUCAGAUGUGGUACCAGCUCAACAUUUUCAUGUAUUCUGAUUACUCCACCCGUCCACCACUAAUCUUAGCAGUGGUUUGGGCUAUAAGCAUGAGUAGCUCUGUCUUACUGCGUUCUUGUUAUACAGAAUCAUAUUUAAACAGGCGUGUAAGGAAUUCUCAUGAUUUAGCUGGGCAUGUAUUAUAUUUAAACGGUUAUUGUGAUUACAAUCCUGGUGAUACAUGUAUUAUAUUUGAUUCUAA